AUGCAGCGGGCCGGCAGCGUGCAUGCGAGCUCGACAAGCGACGGCGCGGGGCCUAGGCACACGGCUUGGUGCGCGCGGCCGCGGGCGCACCGGCGGCUAGGACGGCGGCAAGGAUGGGCAUGCUCCGCGGGCGGCCCUGGUGACGACCGUGCGCGAGCUCCGCAUGCAACGGCGCGGCCGCGGCGAACCAGGGCGGAUGCGGCGAGCCGGCGUCGAGCCAGCCGUGUGGAUGCGGCGAACCGGGGCGGAAGAAAGCGCGAAGGAGUCGGAUGCGGCGAGCCCCACGGACGACCUCGCCGGGCGGCCUGUCCUCUACCGCGAGCGACGGCGCGCGCGGGGCAUCCACGCACGAGCCGGGGCUCCACGGGUAGUGGCGCGUGUGCAGCACGACGCGCGACGGCAUGGACGAGGCGCGCCGCUGGGAGCGUCGUGGGCAUCGCGGCCUCCGUGCUGCUGGUGCCUGCCGAGGGAGAUCCAUGCGGGCUCCUCACUGCUGCCGUCGACGUUGCCGUGGGGGACGGUUGCGGGCCACCAUGUUGUGCGAGGUGCGAACGAUGCUGGGGCGGGCGUACGAGGGACGACGAUGAGAUCCGGCAGCGGAGAGGGCGAACGCGGCAAGCCGGGGCAGACGCGAGCUCCGUCGGGCGUGGUGGUGUGGCUGCGCUCGGCAUCGACGGCGAGAAGGAAGUCUCCAUCCCCGUUGGCGGCCAUGGAUGCGCGACUACCGCUCCAGGGAUGCGCGCGAGGCUCCGCCGGCGGCCGCAUACGCGAGGCUUCGUGGGCGGCGGCGCCGGGCGAGCAGGACGCACGCCAUCUCCGAGCGGACGCGACGUCGAGCGGCCUGCGCAGAUGGCGAGCAUGCUCGGAGGAUCAGACGCACGGGAUCUACACGGGAGAGAUGGAAACGAACGUAACUUUCCCAACGCUAAAAAUUGCAGUUUCUUCCGUCUCGAUGCCACCGUAGACGUCGAGUCUACGUUAGACUCCAUUUCUUGCGUUUCCUUCUCUUUCCUCGAUAAAUACAGUGCCACAUCAGAAAAAAUCAAUAAAUAG